CAGCAGCAGCAGCAGCAGCAGCAGCAGCAGCAGCAGCAGCAGCAGCAGCAGCAGCAGCUGGCCUCUGCGUCGUCGAUGAAAGCAUCGUCUUUGUCAUAAAAGUCUCCUUUGUCUCCGCCGCCGCUGCGCAAAAUGUCGCGCGGCCUCGCGAGCAGCCGCUGGGCCUCCAGCCGCCGCUCGAGGUCGUGCAGCAGCAGCUCCAGCCGGCUCGGCCGCCACUGCAGCAGCAGCAGCAGCAGCAGCAGCAGCAGCAGCAGCGGCGGCAGCAGCGGCGGCAGCGGGGCACAGGCGAGUCCAGUCGGCGCCGGGGCCACGGCAGCAGCAGCAGCAACGGAGCUGAGGAGGACGCGGCAGCAAAGGCAGAAGCAGCAGCAGCAGCAGCAGGGCCAGCAGCAGCAGCAGCAACAGGGACAGCAGCAGCAGCAGCAGCAGCGGCAGCACCAGCUGCAGCACAGCAGCGGUAG